GUAUGUCGUCGGCAGCAUUGCUCAGUGUAGAGACCUCUUGUAUGAGCAUGAGAGGAGCGGAUAGCACAUUGCAGACAUACGAGUAAAGCAUCGCCAACAGAACACAAGAUCUGCAUCUAUACCGCACUAUUGCUGUCGACGCGAGACAUUUGGCUACACGAACACAGCAUCCACAACCAGGCUCGGCAAGCAAAGCGUAAGAGUAGAAAUACCUUGCCGACGCGUCAAAAGGAUAUCCGCGUCCGUGGAAAGAUACUGGACGGUGCAUGACAUCGGACACGAUGGCGACGACGCGUCGCCCUUCGCAGCUAGACGUGUUCCAAGACUCAGACGCGUCUUUCUCAGCUCGUACAGAUGCUGAGGUCGAAACGGCACUUCUCAAUGCAUUGCGGCCACUCGGCGAUGCCUCGCACAAGCAGAACGUACAGCUCAACCCCACGACAGGCUCCCAGUCUGGCUCUUCGCCUACCAAGACGGACAGCUCCCCACCAAGACCGUUGAGUUCGCGCGGCUUGAGAGAUGUGAAGCUACCGCCUCCAUCCCAACCAGUCUUCCAGACGGACUCGCCUCGCAAGAAUGCUAGAUUCUGUCCACUUUAUCCGCCUCCAACGCUCUUGACGGAGAAGUCACUCUUCACGCAGUUUGCAACGGCCCAGUCUUUCGACAAGGAGAACUACGAAGCCACAGGCUUCACUCCAAUGCCGCCUCUACCAUAUAGCGGCGACAUUGACUACGUUUACCAAGCUCCCGCCAAGCGCCCGUUAAUGGACACGGUUCCACACCUAGAUCGCCCAAACGUGAAGAAGCAAAAGCUUGAACGAGACGAUCCUUUCGAGCUACCAGACCCGAGCGACAUGCCCCCAGUGUACGACAACGGCCAGAAGCCGACGCACAGCUACGCCGAACUCAUUGGCAUGGCCAUUCUGCGAGCGCCCAAUCGCCGCCUCACAUUGGCCCAGAUAUACAAGUGGAUAACCGACAACUUCUCCUUCUACCGGACUGCAGAGUCUGGCUGGCAAAACAGCAUUCGCCACAACCUUAGUCUGAACAAGAACUUUGUCAAGCAGGAGCGACCUAAAGAUGAUCCAGGCAAGGGCAACUACUGGGCCAUUAAAGCAGGCGAAGAGCGUCCCUUUCUCAUUGGAAAGAAGAACCCCAUGCGGCGUAGUUUCAUCAACAGCUCUGAUGGCUUGCAGAACGACCUUGCCGGCUUUCGCCCAGGUGCAGCACCCGCCAUCGGGCAGUUCACGCUCGCGCCCAACCCAGUCCGUAGGGUGGAAAUGAAGCAUAUCGACUCAGCCAAGUUUCCGGACGAUGGAGACUUCUCAUCAGAUGGCACCAUACCAGCAUCUGAUGUGGACAUUCCAGAGGAUGAGAAAGACGAUGCUGCUGUGAUGCCUCCACCUUCCUCGCACUUCCGAUCGUCGCCGCCGCCGCAGGAGAUUGGCUCAUCGCCGCCGGCAAUGGCAACGCAAACCUUGCGUGGAGACACGCCACCUCCGGUCCCGACUUUCCCGUCGAUGAGCCGAUCGCGUGGUAGCAGGCAGAAGUUCGCCGCAGUCAACGAUAGCGGGUACUGGUCGUCAAUAGAGUCGUCGGCCGCGCGUGGCGCUGCACAUGUGCUUACAUCAGAAGCUGACAUUGGUCAUCCUCGAAUCAAGAAGGGACGUGCGGAAGCGGAGAUUGCGCGCAUGCGCAGCUCAUCCUUCGAUAGCCCUACCAAGGAUCGCCUUCGGACACAAAGACGUGGCUCUGAGCUUGCCUUGUCAUCGCCCCUCAAGGAUGACAACCCACUUACGCCGGCGGUUGUGUUUAAGCGCCCCGCCAGACCACCACCAUCUAUAUCCCCAAAUACGAAUCUUCGGAAUCACCGCAACCGCAUGAAGGCGCUCCUUGGCUCCCCGGCGAAAGUGUUGAGCCCAUUGCCCGAGACUAGCACAUGGAGCCCGGCGUUCAACCUCGUCGAGGACAGUCACGUCGGCCUGACACCUUUCCGCUCCCCGUUUGUGCAGUCGAAGACGCCUUGGAAGCCUAACAGCGACACGCCAGGCGGCAGUAUGUUGAAGAAGGCGUUUGACAUUUUCAUCGACGCGCCGGAAGAGGACCUUACUGCUCGUGGCUCGCCGGAGAAACGAUCGGUUAGGCGCCCAUCGCUCGCUCGUGCGGUGACCAGCACGGGUAUUCUCGCAGACAUUACUGGCAAUGCCAAGAACAACAAUCUAACCUUGGCGUCCCCGGGUAACAGCCCCUUCUCGCUGUCGCAGUUCCUCGCCAAGCCAGGCCCGCUGCGCUCGCCGGCCAACCUAGGCUCGCCACUCAAGCAGUGUCAUGAGCCGCCUACAGCAGACUUGAGUGCCGGAGAACUCGAUUGGCCCUAUGAGGCUGCUUGUGGCGAGAACCUCCUCCCGUCCGCCGUCGUCUCGAAUGCCAGCGCUGCUGCUGAGCUUUUCGGCGUGCAUUUGUCCAGUGAUGGCAGCGAAGAAGGCAUUGACAUCUUCCAAGAUUUUGGCAAGAUUGGCCAAGCUCCUGCGGCAGUCAAUGUGAUGCCGGACCGCGCAAACGGUAGUCCCAUGAAGCGGACGGCCAUGGGGCCACCGGCGCGGCCUGUCCGUCCAGGCAUGAUGAGGAGCAACACUAGCCGGUGGUAGAAGCACCGAGCCGAGGCUGCGAUAGCAGUGUUUCACCGCUGUAAGCCUUGGAGCAGGGUUGGUCGUCACUCACGACGGCGCUGAUGACUGGACGGCCCUUCGUUGGACUGAACUUUACCUCGGGUUUUCUGGCCGGAUACAGCUGAGAUUGUCACUUUGGUACAGUGUUCAUUGCU